AAUGAAUUUCGUAGACCAAAUAAUUAACUUUUAGAUUGAUUAACCACGAGUUGAAAGAUGGAGGUUAAGUCGGGAUAGAUGAAGAUGAUAGUCUUGUUGUUAUUACUUUUAAGGUAAGAGUAGAUGCCAUUCUUUUAAUCUCGGUUAAUCAUCCUCAUCAAGCUACCCAUUUUACUUGUUUUUCUAUUUUAACUUUCAAUCCACUAAUGUAGAUAAUCUUCUUCCCAUCACCUACACCAUAUAUCAGUGCUUCUCGUAUUACCAAAUGAAGCCUUGUUAUUUCCCUCUACUCCUCAUCCUCACCUUCCAAUCCAUAGCUGCAACUAAUGAUCUCAUUCAACAAACUUGCAAGAAAUGCGCCAGAACCGAUCCAAACAUCAGCUACAACUUCUGUCUAACUUCUCUUCAAGCGUCUCCUCAUUGCCAAUGUGCUGAUCUUCGCGACCUUGGCACUAUCUCCAUCAAGUUAACCCGCCACAAUGUCACUUCAACUAGGCGCUACAUUAAAGGUCUGCUCAAUAAGAAAAAACUGAACCCUGACUUGAAGGCUUGCUUGGACGACUGCCUUGCUCUUUACUCGGAUGCCAUCCCCUCCCUUAAACAAGCCAUCAAGGACUACAAGUCUAGCCGAUUUGCAGAUGCUAACAUUCAACUCAGCUCUGUUAUCGACGCCUCCACUACCUGUACAGAUGGAUUCACCGACAAAGGUGUAGUUUCCCCAUUGAAAGCAAGGAAUAACCAUACCUUUCAGUUGGCUGCUAUAUCACUUUCUAUCAUCAAUUUGCUUCACUGUUCUGCGUCGUAAUUGUAGGGAUCCCCUUGCUGUCAUUUAUCCAGUUCAGACAAGUUUCCAUGAACUUAGCUCUGUUCAUGAUAUAUAUUAUUACCACAUUUGUUGUCAUGCAGGUCACAAUGUUAAUGGUAUGUUGAAGCAAAACAACAAAUAAAGAUGGAUUUCUAAUUCAUCUCAUUUACAAUGA